AUGGACACUUCGGAAGAGAGUAUAUGCUUGUUGAGUACAAUGUCUCCAAAAAUAAAAAAUAAACUGAAACCUGGACAAAAACGAUUCAGAAGAGUUGCAGGAGCAUCGAUAUUGGCUCUGAAGAGUAAUAUCAGACGUUCAACUAUGUAUGAAAAAUUAGGUAUAACCCCAAACAAUGAGGAACUCUGCUUGGCAGAUAGUAGAAGCAGUACUGAAUCUUGUGAUUCAGAGAAAUGGAACAUUUUAAACAAAACUCCUAUCAUAAUUUCAGAUACAGAUGAAUCAUCUGAUGAAGGAGUAGACAAAGUUUCAGAUAUUAUCUCUAAGACUGACAACAUGAAAAAUGGUUCCUUAUCAGAUGAAAAAGUAAAUGAUAUUGUAUGUUGGAUUGACAGAGUAAAUACUGAGAAAAAUUCUUCAAACACUACAGUUUUCUCAGAACUAUCAACUAUUCAAGGUGACACUGGGGAAAACUAUCUUCCUGAAGGAACAGGACAAGCAGUAAAUUCAACAUUUGCUACUCCUGUUUGCAAACGUUUUGAUGAAUUGUUCAAAAAUAAUGAUAAAAAUAAUAUAUUGAAGGUUUUUAAUGAAUCUUAUGAAGGCAAUGAUGACAAAGCAGAUCUAAUACAGUCUGUUGAAAAUUUGGUGAUUGAAGAUUCUUUCAAUGACCCUAAUAUAACAUCAAAAUCUAGUUCUACUGAGCCAAAGACAGAAAUUCAGAUUGAUGUCUCCAGUUUACCAAAGUUGAAUCAAGAUUCAAAAACUAGUUCAGCUGAGCAUGAGGAAAAUAUUCAGAAUAUUAUUUCUAGGUCCCCAGAGUUGAAUGAGAGUUUGCCAAAAGGAACAGAUGAAGAUGAUGAAGAUAUGGAAACACUUCUUGAUGCACUCUAUGGGCAUUCAUGGAGAGCAAAAAAGGACCUAGUGUUGCCUAAGACUGAACCUAGAAAGAAUAAAUCAAGGAAUAAAUCUCACAAUAAAGUGAAUACUCUUCCUCGUGGAACAAACUCAGAGAGGAAACCAAAAUUGUCUUUACUAUACAAGAACCCUUAUUUAUACUCUGGUAAUGCAAGAUCUGGUGAUAUAUUGAAAGAAAAACAGAUUACUGAAUCAAAAACAUUGUCACAAACCCCAUUGAUGGCAAGAUUAAGAGAACUAUGUGAUUCUGAUACAAGCUCAGACAAUUCUCCUGUAAAUCCUAUUCUCAAAACAAAAUUGAGUUUUGACUCAAACAUCACUGAUGAUAGUGAUGAUAUAGUUUCUAAAUAUUUCAAAAAAAACACAACAGUUAAAACAAAACUGAAUUUCAGUCCUGAUAUUACAGAAGAUAAUGAAGGAAAUAACAAGGCUUCAGUAUGUUUUGGAAAUUCUACAACUGGAGCAGAUUUGCCAAAGAAACUUGAAGAUAGAAUUGAGAAAAAAAUUAAUGGAAUCAAGGGUCCUGGCAGUACCAAUAAAAAGAAUGGUAAAAAAUGUUUGGAGUCUCAGAAAGAAAAUAUUGAGACUCCAAAGAAAAAGAAACAGAAGCCGAAAAAUACUCCUAGAAAACAACAGUCUACAAGUUCUAGUUCUCUUGAUAGUUAUGGGACAAAUUCAGAUAGUGGUUCAAAAAGUAAGGCUCACAAAACAGGCUUGAAUCAUAGUAGUGUAAGUUUGACAAGUGAUGAGGAAUGGGAAGAAGAAAUAAGCAAAAUAGACCACAGUAUGGUCAUAGUCAAUGGGACAUACAGUUUUCUUGCCUCAUUAUCAAAGGCUAUUCCAAUAUCAAAAUGCGACAUGUCAGCACGCAUAUACCGCAACAACUUCAAAAACUUCCGAGACCAACUGACGAAAAAGCUCUUUGAUCUCUUCAAUGAGUCUAUUUUCGACGAUAGCAUACCGCAGGACACCGUUCUCGAAUGGAACGACAGACUGCUGAAUACCGCAGGGCAAUGCCACUGCAAGAAAAUCAUCAGGAGAUCCGGGAAACUGGAAAGAUCGGUCAGAAUCGUUUUGUCGAACAAAGUUUUGGAUAGCGCCGAAAGAUUGAGGGACACUCUAGUCCAUGAGAUGUGUCAUGCUGCCACUUGGAUAGUCAACUGUGUUUCCGAUGGACAUGGGAUGUAUUGGAAGGCCUGGGCUUAUAAGGCAAUGAAAACCUAUCCAGAACUACCACCAAUUUCAAGAUGCCAUAACUAUGUUGUUAAUACCAAAUACACAUAUAAAUGUACAGGAUGUGGAUAUAGUAUUGGACGUCAUACAAAGAGUUUAGAUGUAGAAAGAAAACGUUGUGGCUAUUGCCAUGGAAAAUUUGAAGUUUUCAUCAAUAAAACUGACAAGAAGGGUACCACAAAAUCUGUCCCAGCCACUCCGAAAAAAGAAGCAACAGGUUUUGCGCUUUUCGUCAAGGAGAAUUACGGAAUUUAUAAAACUCCCGACGUCAAACAUGGAGAUGUUAUGAAAAUUCUUGGACAGAAGUUUCAAAAAAUUAAAUUGAAAUGA